AGACUAUCAAGCCGACAACUAUUCAACUCCCUAUUCAACUCUAUCUUAACAGCUCUACCUUUUCAAGAUUUCAACAUGAAGUUCACCGCCGCUCUCCUCUUCCUCAUCCCCCUCGCCGCUGCCGGCCCCGCUAAGCAGUCCGCUGAGGUCCUCCCUGAGCUGUCUUCUGCCUCUGCCGGCGAAGACCGUUAUGAUCUUGGUGGCCAUGGCGAUGCUAUGCAGCUCGCCGCUGUUACCUGCCCUGCCAAAUACCCCCGAUACUGCCCCAUCGGUGGAUUCUGCUGCCGUACCAAGAAGUGCUGCAAGUACGAGUGUUGCAAGAACACCGCGAGAUACUGCAGCGCUGGGCGAUGCUAUCUCUAA